CACGCCGCCAAUGGGAGGUAGAUACUAGGCCGAACAACGGCGGCUUUUAGUUACUCGCCCGUUGGUCUUCCGGUGACCAGCCGCGGCCGCUUUAGUGGGCCUCACGGCACGCCCCCCCCGUCUUUCAGCAAAGGGAAAGCAAAAUGGAAGUUCUGCGGCCACCACUGAUAAGAAUUGGAGGACGUGUUUACAGGAAAAAACAUAAUCGAGAACAGCCACACCAGCAUGAAGAGGAAGAGGAUUCCUAUGCAGGUCCUGAGGAUUGUGCAGAUGAACCCUGUGAUGCCUUUGUGGUGGAAGAGACAGAAAGAGGCUACCAAUGUGCUGUGGACAUUCCCAGCCCACUAUACAAAUAUAUAAUAGGCAAAAAAGGAGAAACAAAGAAGAAAAUAGAAACAGAAACCCGAACCUCUAUCAUUAUUCCUAAGCCUGGAGUUGAAGGAGAAAUUGUGAUCACAGGACAACACCGGAAUGGUAUUAUUUCAGCUCGAACACGAAUUGAUGUUCUUGUGGAGAGCUUCCGCAAGAAACAACCCUUCACACACUUUCUGUCAUUUGCACUCAACCAACUUGCAAUCCAGGAAAAGUUUCUACAGUUCAAAGAGGAAGUGUUGGAGAAGUGCUCAAAUGACUAUGGUGUCAGUAGUAGCCUGUUCCAGAACCCUGCCAAGCUGCAUCUGACUAUUGGGACGCUGGUACUCCUGAAUGAACAGGAAAUCCAGAAGGCCCAGGAACUCCUGCAGAGGUGUAAAGAAGACUUUAUUGACUCAAUUGCUGGAGGCAAACCACUAACUGUAGAAGUAGCAGGUGUAGAGUACAUGAAUGAUGAUCCUGCCAUGAUGGAUGUUCUCUAUGCAAAAGUUCAUAUGAAGGAUGGCUCUAACAAGCUCCAGCUCAUAGCGGAUAGACUGACAGAUCGGUUUGUGAACUCUGGACUAAUGAUGAAAGAGUGGGAUCGGGUGAAACUCCAUGCCACAGUCAUGAACACAAUCUUCCGGAAAGAUCCUAGUGCUGAAGAGCAAAGUAAUAGAUCUGCAGGCAAAUUUUUCAAGGAAAGGGAGUCAUUUGAUGGACGAAAUAUAUUGAAGCUCUUUGAGAACUUCUGCUUCGGAGAAGUGCAGCUGAAUUCAGUUUACCUCUCUCAGAGAUUCUCCACAGAUAGCUCUGGUUACUAUGCAACAUCUGGGCAGUUAAAUUUCUCCUGAAGUAGAGACCAAUGCCCCAACAGAAUCACAUCAGAACUGCACAAUGAAGAAGAAGAAGAAGAAGAAGAAGAAGAAGAAGAAGAAGAAGAAGAAGAAGAAGAAGAAGAAGAAGAAUUAAAUGGAUCCUGUUGAUGGGCCAGGAUCAUUCUGUCCUCCCUAAUAAGAUAUUUUGGUUGGUUGGUUCUUUUAUUGAAGAAUAGGUGCUGGUUACAGAUGAAAUAAUACCUUCUGCAUGUAACAGGCUUUCAGUUAGUUGUAAAUAAAUUAAUCAAGGUUACCAAUCCUUUUUUUGUUUACUAGCUUACCUUUGAACACAUAGCUAAUGGUAGUUAUUACUCAUGGAUUGCCCUAAGAAUCGAUGGUUUCAGUUUACAAAAGCUCCCAUCUUCAGUUGCCUAGAAGGGGUUCUUACUGCAUGUCCGGGUGGGCUGCAAGUAACUCUUUUCAUCUCUGAAAUGGUCACUGUAAUUCAGAGAGCACAAUCGAUGCAAAGCGACAUUUUUUCCGUACGAGGGGCCAGCUUUUACCACGUGGACAACACCCUGGAUGAUUCUGCUUACAUGGUGGUGAAAAAUCACACCCAGCAGCAUGAUAAUGCUUGCUUAUUUCCUUGUGUUGGCCACCAAGGGCAGUAGGCAUGAUGUGUUUGCUUGUGUGCAGCUCUUAAAAACAUUUACAAGCUGUUGUGUAUGAGUUCUAGAGUUAUUUCAUCUCAUAACAAAAGGAAGGGAACAAGAGGAUAUAAGGAGCAACAGUGAGAAGUGAAACGGUAGAUGGAAGGGAAGGCAAAAGCAAAUACAAGCAUCCUAGUAAUAUCUGAAAUAUUAUUCCCCAUAUUACUGAAUGCUUGGAGUAAAUUUUGGAAGAUCUAACCCAGUCUUAAUGACUGAUAGCCAUACACUGGGCAAAAGAUGCAUUGCAGGGAGUUGGACUAGAUGCCUCUCGUGGUCCCUUCCAACUCUACAAUUCUGUUUUUUUAUUUGGUUGACAGUAAUUGAUUUGGGACUGAAUCAUGCUGCUUAUUUUUGUACUGGCAAGAAAUGUCCAAUUAGACUCCGUAUCCCUGCCCUGUGAAUGUUACAAAACAGUUUUCUAGAAAUUCUGCUAAAGAGAAUAAAUGUACGCCUGCCAAUUUUUAGAAUGCAGGAGAUAUGGCAUACAUUUUCCUGUUUGUCACUUGGGGGAAUCAUCCUCACUGUCCACAUCCAGUCAUACUAGCAGCACAAUCGUUUUCUGAGGGUGGGCUGGGCUUUGUUGUUGACCAACCCAACCAAGACCUGUUUCCUUGCAUUAGCAUCUCAGGAUGUCCUAUUGUGGCUUUUUUAAAAAAACAAACAAACACCCAGUGGCAUAUGGGAACACAGAUAGGCUGUCAGUCUGUCUAAGUAUUAUCUUCUCUCACUGUCAGUGGCUCUUCAGUAUCUAGCAAUGUAGGAAGCUGCCUUAGAGUCCUACCACUGGUCCAUCGACACCGGCUGGUGGUGGCUUUUCAUGAUUUCAGACAGGAUUCUCUUCCAGCCCUGCCUGAAGCUGCCGCGGAUUGAAGCUGGGACCUUCCGCAGGUAAAGCAGACCUACGGACUAUUCUCAAAGAUUCCUUCCAUCCCUACCUGCAGAUGGAGAUUGAAGCUAGGAUCUUUUGCAUGCAUUAUGGCCCUUCUCCCAACAGCAGGCAGAGUGAAACUCUUUUUGUGGCAUAUGAAUAACUACGAACCAUUUUAAUGAUUACUCUUAAAAUAUGCAACUCCUGCGUUCCCUAUUCACUCCUUGGCUGCCUGAUGUCAUCGCUUUCGUUCUUCAGCUAUCAAGAAUCUCUUCUGAGGCUCUUAAGACUUGACUUUGCCAGUCACCUCGAAGAGCACAGGUAGUUCAUUGGAGGUCUGAUCCUGAGUGCUCUUCUCCUCCACACAGCAAUUUUCAGCACCUUUUGAGAGGUACUCUGCUUGCCCAAAUACAGGCCCCUUUGCUUCUUCCUUUACCCAGAACAAAAGCAGAGGGAGGUGGGGUUGGGGUUUUUUUUUUUGUUCCACUCGCUCACAAAAGCCAGACAUCUCUUCUGCAGCAGAAAGAAAAGAAGUACAUCUGAAAGCUUCUUGACAUAUUCUUAUUUUUAACAACAGUAACCAAGAAGCUGUUUAUGCACUUAGCAAUACACUUCAUGCUGAAUAUUAGAGCCCGAAAAAGGAGACGAGUACUAUUUUUAUUCUUUGUCUGCAGUUCCCUCCUAGAAGCUUUUCCAAUAAAUUUUCUUUCCUGACCAGUUUUGUCCUUUAUCGUCUAACAUUGAUUUCCCCCCUAGCUGCUUGUUGGUUAUUGAGGUUGACAUUAAUAUGGCUGGGUUUGAUUAUGCAGGGCCAGAUUCUGCCAUUCUCAUUGUUCAUGAGAGUAGUUCUUUCUGGGUACUACCAACAGUACCAAAUGGGCCAGCCUGAAGCUUGACAAAUCUUUUUCAGUGCUACAGAUUAAGUAGUAUAGCACUGAAUUUCGGUGCAAACCCACUAUAAUAUAGUUAAUUACUUAGGAGGUCAAGGCCUAAACUCGGAGAACACAAUUUAUUUUAAAUGAGAUUGGAAAGGGUUUCUUUGUAUGUACUUUUUCUUUUUUUGAAUAUAUAUAUAUAUAUUUAAUAAGUUUGUUCCUUUAUAAUGUAUGAAGUAUAAUUAAUUCAGCAACACUGGAUUAAGUUGGUACAUAAAAUUCACAGCAGAGAGAAGCAGAUCUGGAAUUAAUUUCUAUGAAGCUGAGUAGUAGUCAUGUGGACCUGUUUAAGGGCAAGCUGAUUGAUGAAUAUAUUUUUUAGUUUUGUAGCGAGUUAUUUUAGAUACAUCUGUUUUGAAAGCUGUCCUCAGCAGAACCUUGGCAGUUAGCUAAUGCAAUACACACAGCUUAUAAAUGCUUAGCACUGGGGAUACCUGAGGUGCCUCAUCACAAGUCCUAUCAAAAUUCUUACAUUGCAGGUAGGUGUUCUAAUACAAACGUUUGGACUCAGCACAUCACAAAGAUAAUGACUAUGUACCAGCAUCGCUUGAGACCUCUUUCUGAAGACGACUGGGAAGUCUAUCCAAAUAGCCAUCUAACUCUAACCCACCUCGAAUAAAUGGACAUACAAUCUAUUCCAGCCUUCCUUCCAGCUGUGUUGGCUGGGAAUAAUUGGUGCAGCACUGCAGUAGUCCAACACAUCUGGGGCACCAAGUUGAGCAACGCUGGUCUAUGCUGUUGGUGAAGGCAAAUU